GCGAAAGCUUCGCCUUUAUUCUUCCGAGCUCUCGAAUACUCUCGCCUAUGUUAACAGUAUAUGACUUCGCCCCACUUGGCUUCCGGCUGAAAGCAUCUCACCUACCGAAUACAUGGUGGGACCCUUAGGAUAAACUGUACAGAAAGAUCUCGGAUAUGUCGUGGGAGGGCGCGCCAAGUCUGGAACACAUAUGGUCAACUCGGCCGUCUGGAGACCAUUGAAUUUGAUAACGCACCCUGAUCCACCUUUAGCUCCGAGUCUCCUAACAAAAGUAUUUAUGCGAACCUGUGGAUAGCGGGGUACUGGGUCACUUCAAAUUAGCCAGCAUGAGCGAAUUUCAUCGAGAGGAGCAUAUCGAUGCAGCCAUAUUACAGCAUCACUUGUCAAGGCGAGCCGCAGAGAAUUUCGAGUACCGAGAUGUCUGGGGUCCACGAGAAAAGUCCAUGGCCAAUCCCUGGUCACCAGAAAACCCCGACGGGACCAUCAUACUUCGCCUCGCGGAGAACAGCCUUCUGCAUGACGAGAUGGGGCAGUUGAUAAAGGAGCAGAUCACUGUCCUUCCCUUGAGUCACCUUACCUAUAGCACAGGCCCACGAGGAUCACGUCGUCUCCGGCGUGCCGCAGCUGCAUUCUUGAACGAAGAGUUUCACUCGCGCCAAACCAUUACGCAGGACAACAUCUUUAUCACACCUGGCUUGGCCAGUGCUAUUGACGCCUUGACCUGGGCCAUCUGUAAUGACGGGGAUGGCAUUCUCAUUCCCCAGCCAUAUUAUAACGGAUUCGAUUUUGACGUUUUGAACCGAAGCAAUGGUCGGGUGAUUGGGGUUAAGUACGAAGGCGUCGAGGGAUUCUCUGGCUUAGAUGAUUUGUUCCGUCCUGAUGUAAACAAGCGGGCUCUGGAAGUCGCUCUUCGUGAAGCUAAAAAGAACGGCAUAACCAUCCGCGCUCUUAUAAUCUCCAACCCACACAACCCUCUGGGACGAUGCUAUCCUCCCGAGACUCUUCUAGAAUUCGCCGCUUUCUGUGGUAGAAACAAACUGCAUUUCAUCUCCGAUGAGAUCUACGCAAAAUCAGUUUUUCCCAAUACUGCGAUGCCGAGCCCGACACCGUUCGUGUCUGCUCUCUCUCUUGACCUUCGCGAUGUCAUUGACCCAACCCUGAUGCACGUACUUUACGGGGCAAGCAAAGACUUUUGCGCGAACGGAUUGCGUCUCGGAGUCGUGUGUACCAUUAAUGAGGGGUUAAUUGGCGCAAUGUCUAGCAUUAGUAUGUUCUCUUGGUCACCCCAUGUCCUCCAGGACAGAAUUAUCAUAUCGCAACGUCCUUCUUCCGGGAGCGCGGGAUUAGCUACCACGAGAUGUGAGUUCCGUUGCGUGAAUGCUGGCCUCUUUAUCUGGGUCGAUCUACGGCAUCUGCUCAUACCCAAAUCGUUGCGGCAACAGACCGAUUAUAGCGAACUGAGAACCGCCUCUCCUGAGGCUAGCAUGUACAGACAACGUGAACAGAAGUUUGCAGAUAUAUGCGCUCAGAAUGGCCUUAUGAUUACCCCCGGUAGUGUAUAUGCGGCAGAGGAGUUUGGGUGGUUCCGGCUUACUUUUACGGUGGGGAAGAAUGCGUUAGAAGAAGGACUGAAGCGUCUUGAAAAGUCAUUGAGCACAGCUGAAACAGAUAUGCAGUUUUAA